CAACGCUGCGGCUUUCGUGGUGAAUGGCAUUUGUAGUAACAACAUUGCAUUCAAGCACAAUUUUAAUAAAUUGUAAAUAAAAAACGCCUUCAACAUGUCCUCCGUGCUGCAAUUGGCCACCAGGACAGUCCGAAGUACCCUUGUUCAAGUGCGCGGCGUGGCCACCACAAUGCCAAGGCAAAUAAAAGAAAUUCAGGAGAAGCAGGAGAACAAUGUAAAGAUUAUCGAGGGCGUUAAUGUGGAAUCACCGCGUGCUAACCUGAUGCUUAAAUCCGCCUGCCAGACCAAGUUUUGCCCGGAAUGCACCUUGGGCCUGGACAUCAAGCACACAGAUGUGCUAAUCCUGUCACAGUAUGUACGCUCCGACGGCUGCAUGCUGCCCAGAAGGAUCACCGGACUGUGCCAUCGGCAGCAGAAGAAGAUGGGCACUCUGGUGACCAUGGCCCAGAAGGCGGGACUGAUGCCAAAUCUGGCGCCCGAGUGGAGCAAAAGAGAUCCCAAGAAGCGCUUCGGCUGGCGCAAGUUCAACAAGUACUUCCUGGAGUCCACAAUUAAAUACUAGUGUUAAAUACAAUAAAUGUUGUUAAUAGAAAA